AUGCUUGAGGGUCAUGAUUAUAUGAUCACCGCAAUUUGUUUGAUUCAAGAAACUAAUUAGCUAUUAUCUGCAGACGAGAUGUCAAAUGUCAAAAGUUGGGAUCUGAAUUCUAAUAGAUGCAUUCAAACUUUCACCUUUCAAUUAAUAGAGGAGGGAAACAAUCAGUUUUCACAAAAAUAAAUUGACAUGGAUGAAAAUCUUGAGAUAGUCGAUGUAUUCUAUAAUUAGUAGAAUAAAAUGCUUGUCCUAUCAACUAAGUUGAUUGAUGGAGAUACAGGUCAAACGACUAAAUUAUAUCAAAAUAUAUCUCAAAUCCAAACUUCUAUAUGCUGUAUGGUAUUGGACAAGACUCUGAAGCAUUUUAUCACAGCAGAUAUCUAUGGUAGAAUAGAAACUUACGGAGUAAUAAAUGGAAAGAAGUCUUAUUCAUUGGUCUCUCACAAAGCUGAAAUAACCUAUAUUGCCAUUACUGAUGAUAUUUCACUGAAUUGGUUGAUGUCUUAUUCAUAGGCAGAAAACCUUUUUAUGGUUCAGAGUCUGGAUAAACAUGGAAAUAUUGUAAGACUUCUCAAAAACCCAAUAGGCUUUUCAAAUAACCCAAAGGAGGAUGAAGUGAUUGGAAUUGAUCAUUAUAAUAAUCAUGUCGCUUUCUUCACACAAAAGAGAGUUAUAAUUUGGGAUAUCUAAUCAAUGAAAUUUGAAACUUAUAUCAAUGUGAUUGAAAAUGAAUUCAUUGUGAAAGGCAAAUUUUCAACUACUCUAGCAAAGAUCAUAAUAUUAAGCCUUGACAAUGGUAAGGUACAUUUCUACAAAAUGAGUAGUGGUAUAUAGCCUUGUUUGAUACUCUCAAUAAUUUCUUUGAAGAUACUUCAGUAUGCUACAUAAAUUACACUUGACGACUAGAUGAUGUAUCUUGGAUUGAAUUCUGGUGAAAUUUAAUAGUAUCAAAGCUAAGUAAAAAUAUGGAAAAGAAGGCCAUCACUAUUAAAAACUCUAUCUAAUGCUACCAAUAUGAAACUUCAAAAUGAAUAUGAUAAAUUUCAGGAGAAAAAUGGAGCUUAUAUUAUUCCUUAAGGAGUAUAUGUGAAUAAUCAAGUACCGAUUACAUUACAAAAAAUUGUAACAAUUAAAGAAUAAAAUUUCAUCCUUGUAAGCACAAUGAAACCGAUUUUCAAGAUUUAUGUGGCUGCUGAUCUCUAGCCAAUCAUUAAUAUUUCACUAAAGCUACCAUAUCCAAUAUAAUGGGAUCUUCAUAUCGGAACUGAUAACAAGAGAAUUUAAAACAUUAAGAAUGCUAUUGAUAAUUUAUCAAAGAAAGAGCUUGAUGUACUUAUUGAAAGGUUUUAAUCCUAGCAAGAAGGUGACUACAAAAAUCCAAUUAUUCUAUAAGGAGCGUUCAGAAGAUUUAUCUAGCAUAAUAUAUAUGAGCAGAUGCAAAAGCGAACAAAUAUUAAAAAACUUUAGAACCUAAAUGAUGAACAAAUAAAGUAGGAGAAAAUUGUAGAGAUCUAUGAAAGAGAUGAAAUAAUAAGAAAACUGUAAGAGUAGUAUUCAUCGGUAUUUGCUACUCCAAAAAGUCUUGAAACUUAUUAAGAAAUAAGAGAAAAGUAUGAACAAGGGAAUAUUGAUAGGCAAGUAUUUGAAAAAAUUCCUACACUACUUUAUGGCAAUGUAGAUAUUUUGGACAUUGACAGAGAAAGUGAUGAAAAGAUUGAGAGAUAUAUGUCUUUCGUAAGGAAUUUUGAUAAAAAGAGCAAGGAAAGUGAAAAAAUUAAAGAUUUUGUCAAGAAAAGUCCAAAUUUCAAUUGGAAGAAUAGAAAACAACUAAGAGGAAAAGUAAAAAGAAGAAAUUCAAGAUACAGAACUAAAAGAUAGAGGUUGAUCUAAAUAGAAUAAGAAGGAGAAUUGGAUUAGAUACUACAAUUCGAGAAAUAGACCCGAUAAUAAAACGCAUAGAGAAAGCAUAUUUAAGAAUCAAAAGAGCAUUUGCAAUUCAUUGAUACAUUGAAAAAUAUUAAGUUCACUUUGGCAUAAUCUAAAAGAAAUAAUAUUAAAGAAUCUUAAAAGGAAAAUUCUAAAGAAAAAUGUAAAGAUACUUCAAUAAAAGAAUAAGAUGAACUUCAAAUCAUGGAUACAUAAAAAUCUACUACCAUGCAAAGUGAUGAUAAGUAAUCUAGAAUGUUUUAACCUCCAAAAUUGUGUAAAAAGCCAGUAAAAAGAUUUUCCGGAUAAUUGGCUAACGAAGGAAGCAUUGAGAUCUUUGAUACAUUUUCAAUGAAAUAGUAUGAUUUCCCAACUGAAUCAACUUCUCUUCAUAUAAAUAUUCCUAUUCUCAGAUAAAUAACAAGAGAAUCUUUAAAUACACCCUAAUCAUAACCAUUUAUGAAUAAAAGACUCUCAUCUAAACUAAAAAUAGAAGAAAAUCUUUAGCCAUAGAAACCAGGCACUGCUUUUGCCUCAUCUUCUUAAUUAUCUGUUAAGAAUAAAAACUAGGAUAGAUUCCUUAAGAAGAAAGUAUUUAAUUUUGAGGAUUUAGCUACUUUGAUAAAGAGAGAUCAAGGAACGAUGAGUAGUAUGCAAUAAGUUUCUCCUUCAAUAAUUCAACCCUCAAUUCAAAAUAUAGGUUAAAGUCCUAGUGUGAUAACUAGUGGAUGUGGAUUUUAUUCAUAAAGAGGACCUAGAGGACAAGACAGACAAAAUUUAACUGGUUCAUUACUGUAGCCACCAAGAACAACUUAGGGUAUAGUAAACGAAACUACUAGUAGGAUUUUAGGAAGAAAUCUAACUACUGCUGAGACUACCAUAAGCGAAUGGAGUUAUGGAAAUAAAGGUGCAUACACUAAUAUUGUUGGUGAGAGUUUAGCAAGUGCAAGAAUUAGAAACGGAAUUUUCAAAAAUAAGAUAUGA